AUGAUUGGCUCUCUAGUGAGCUUUCUUACUCGAUGGAUCAACCGCCAACUGCUGCUGUCCUUCCUCGUGAUGAUGCAGGCGCUGACACUGAUGUUUCUGCCCUUCUACCCACACUACUGGUUAGCAUUUGUGAUGAUGGUCCUCAGCAACGUCGGAGCAGGUGGCUGGGACAGUGCCACCAGUCUCUGGCUAGUUGAGCUGUGGCCAACGAAAAACUCGGCCAUUCUCCAAGCAAAUCAGUUCAUGUAUGGAACGGGCUCCAUCUUGGCUCCACUUCUUGCCGCCCCCUUUCUGCAUGGAAUCAAAAGCGAAGUUUUAGUUGGAAAUGAAACCCGACUGUUGACAGUCGAAGAUCGAAUCAUGUCGCUGAGCAUUCCUUUUGGCGUCAAUGGCUUUUUGCAAGGCAUCGUUCCCGUAAUUUUCUUCCUAAUGUACUUUGCAUUUCCCUACAAAGCAUCUGAAGAGGGUAGUAGAGACAAGGAUUCGAUUAAUUUGAGAAAAGCACCCACUGAAAAGAUUCCCCACCGCAACACCAAACUAGUGCUGAUGGGACUGUGCCUGGGCACUUUCCUGGCUGCUGAAAUGGGUUUUCAAAUCUUUGCCCCCUCGAUGCUGCAGUAUUUGCCCAUCAAAAUGACUGCAAGUACGGCUGCUUUUGCUCUUUCAAUUAUGUCUGCCACUUUUACUAUUGGUCGUCUAGCAACAGCUUUCAUUUCUCUUAAAGUGUCAAUUGAUAUCAUCCUCGCCUAUCACUUUGUCAUUCAGCUUCUUUCAGUGGGCAUCUUCUACAUCAACUCAAACAACCUCACCAUGAUUUACAUUGGAAUGGCCUUAAUGGGAUAUGGUUUCUCAGCGCCUUGGCCGGCAAUAUUCAGCUUUACCGAAGA